AUGAAUGAAACUAUAUCCAUGACUAAAAUGAUUAUUCCAUGUCUUCAUACAUUACCUGUCGAACAUGUCUACAGAAUUCUUGACAAUCUCCAUCAACUAGAAAUUCUUUUCUCAUUCUAUGAUGUUUGCACAAGACUCAAUGCAAUUAUAAGUACAUAUCAUCGAUAUAAGACAAUUACUACAUUAUGUCUUUCAUGGAAUGUAAUUGGCAAUGAAGGAUUACAGUAUUUGGCUAAUAUAUUUAAAAUAAACACAACACUCACAACGCUUAAACUUCAAGGAAAUCAUAUCGAUGCUCAAGGUGCACAAUAUCUAGCUGAUAUAUUACAAAACAAUAAAGUGCGAUAA